CCGCCAUGGGUCUCGCCGCCGCCUGCGUUCUCCUGCUCGCGCUGGCUGCGCGGGGCGCAUCCGCCCAGGGCCAGAUGCCGCUGGGUGCCGACCUGGCCCCGCAGAUGCUCCGACAACUUCAGGAGACCAACGCGGCGCUGCAGGACGUGCGGGAGCUGCUGAGGCAGCAGGUCAAGGAAAUCACGUUCCUGAAAAACACGGUGAUGGAGUGCGACGCGUGCGGGAUGCAGCCCGCAAUGACGCCCGGGGUGAGCGUGCGCCCGCUGCCCGGCUGCGCGCCCGGCCACUGCUUCCCCGGCGUGGUCUGCACGCAGACGGCCAGCGGCGCGCGCUGCGGCCCCUGCCCCGAGGGCUUCACCGGCAACGGCUCCCACUGCGCUGAUGUCAACGAGUGCAACGCUCACCCGUGCUUUCCCCGCGUGCGCUGCAUCAAUACCAGCCCAGGCUUCCGCUGCGAGUCUUGCCCGCCAGGGUACAGCGGCGCCACCCACGAGGGCGUGGGACUGGCCUUCGCUAAGGCCAACAAACAGGUCUGCACGGACAUUAACGAGUGUGAGACGGGGCAGCACAACUGCAUCCCCAACUCCGUGUGCCUCAACACCCAAGGCUCCUUCCAGUGCGGCCAAUGCCAGCCUGGCUUUGUGGGCGACCAGGAGUCGGGCUGCUAUCGGCGUGGGCAGCGCUUCUGUCCCGACGGCACGCCCAGCCAGUGCCAUGAGAAGGCCGACUGCGUCCUGGAGCGCGACGGCUCCCGGUCGUGCGUGUGCGUUGUCGGCUGGGCAGGCAACGGGCUUCUCUGUGGCCGAGACACUGAUCUGGACGGUUUCCCGGAUGAGAAGCUGCGCUGCUCCGAGAGGCAGUGCCGCAAGGACAAUUGCAUGACAGUGCCCAACUCAGGGCAGGAGGACGUAGAUCGCGAUGGCAUCGGAGAUGCCUGCGACCCUGAUGCUGACGGAGAUGGAAUCAUCAAUGAGGAGGACAACUGCCCACUGAUGAGGAACCCAGACCAACGCAAUUCUGAUGGUGACAAAUGGGGUGAUGCAUGUGACAACUGUCGGGCUCAGAAGAACGAUGACCAGAAGGACACUGACAGCGAUGGCCGAGGGGAUGCCUGCGAUGAUGACAUCGAUGGCGAUCGGAUUCGAAACUCAGCAGACAACUGUCCCAGGGUGCCUAACUCAGACCAGAAAGACAGCGAUGGUGACGGUGUAGGGGAUGCGUGUGACAAUUGUCCCCAGAAGAGCAACCCAGACCAGAGGGAUGUGGACCACGACUUCGUGGGCGAUGCAUGUGACAGCGAUCAGGACCAAGAUGGGGAUGGGCACCAGGACUCAAGGGACAACUGCCCGACGGUACCCAACAGCGCCCAGCAGGACUCGGACCAUGAUGGCCAGGGUGAUGCCUGUGAUGAUGAUGAUGACAAUGAUGGGAUCCCAGACAUCAGCGACAACUGCCGCUUGGUGCCCAACCCCAACCAGGAGGACUCAAAUAGAGUUGGUGUGGGAGACGCGUGUCACGGUGACUUCGAUGCCGAUAAGGUGGUUGACAAGAUCGAUGUGUGUCCUGAGAACGCAGAGGUCACCCUCACUGACUUCAGGGCCUUCCAGACAGUCGUGCUAGACCCUGAGGGCGACGCACAGAUAGACCCCAACUGGGUGGUGCUGAACCAGGGCAUGGAAAUUGUGCAGACAAUGAAUAGUGAUCCAGGCCUGGCUGUGGGCUACACGGCCUUCAAUGGCGUGGACUUCGAAGGCACGUUCCAUGUGAACACGGUCACGGACGACGACUAUGCAGGCUUCAUCUUUGGCUACCAGGACAGCUCCAGCUUCUACGUGGUCAUGUGGAAGCAGAUGGAGCAGACGUAUUGGCAGGCCAGCCCCUUCCGUGCUGUGGCUGAACCGGGCAUCCAGCUCAAGGCUGUGAAGUCGUCCACAGGCCCCGGAGAGCACCUCCGGAAUGCGUUGUGGCAUACAGGGGACACGGGGUCCCAGGUGCGGCUGCUGUGGAAGGAUCCUCGCAAUGUGGGCUGGAAGGACAAGACUUCCUACCGCUGGUUCCUGCAGCACCGGCCCCAAGUGGGCUACAUCAGGGUGCGGUUCUAUGAGGGCCCAGAGCUGGUGGCAGACAGCAACGUGGUCCUGGAUACGACCAUGCGGGGCGGCCGCCUGGGAGUCUUCUGCUUCUCCCAGGAGAAUAUCAUCUGGGCUAACCUGCGUUACCGCUGCAAUGACACCAUCCCGGAGGAUUAUGAAAACCAGCAGCAACGGCUGCGGGCCUAGGACCAGCACGGAGGCCUCCUGGAGGCCGGGCACCUAGCCCAAGGAGUGGCAGGCCCAGGGGGCAGAAGGGGGCAUAAUAAAGUCUGUUCAGCGGG